AUGUGGCGUCGUCGCAAGCAAGCGCACUAAUCCGACCGUUGGCUGGCGCUGCUUGAUCCGGUAGUGCGCAUUUGACUGCGAAGUGUGCGAGAUCGCGAGACGUUGAUCGGACGAUCACGAAGGUACUACACGCGUUCGCUCGAUCGACACGGACGCGCUGACGUUAGACGUUAUCAGCAACGAGUUGAUGAUACGCUAGACACGGACGCGCCGGUGUUCCCUCUUUCUCUCUCUCUCUGUCUCAUUCCCCCUCAGUGUCGUCGAGGGUGUCUAAUCGAGAACGACGUAGAGUGCCUCGUACGAGACCGCAAGCGCGAGAAUUCGCGUGCAGGCUAGUCGCGUAUUUUCCGCAACAACAAUGUCAACGAAAUCAAGCAAGAAGACCGCGGCGGCAGCCGCAGCCGCCGCUUCCGCUUCUUCCGCCUCCGUCGCUUCGUCGUCCUCCAGCAUCCAGUCGCCGCCACCGACUACAUCGACGCCGAUCGGCCGGCGACCCGGCAGCCCGCUUAGCCCAACCCGAUACUCCCGGCUGCAGGAGAAGCAGGAUCUACAGAAUCUCAACGAUCGUCUGGCAUGUUACAUCGAAAAGGUGCGUCACUUGGAGACCGAGAAUUCCCGGCUGACCCGGGAGAUGCAGACUACUCAGGAGACCGUCACCCGGGAGGUCUCCAGUAUCAAGGCUAUGUACGAACACGAGCUAUCCGACGCGCGAAAGCUGCUCGAUGAGACUGCCAGGGAACGCGCCAAGCUGGAGAUCGACACCAAACGUCUCUGGGAUGAUAACGAGGAUUUCAAGAGCAAAUUGGACAAGAAAACAAAAGAUCUACAAAUAGCAGAACGAAAUGUAAUGAUAUUUGAGACGCGCUGCGGCGACUUACAGUCGCAGUUCAAUCAGUCACAGGCAGAGCGCAAGAAGUUAGCCGAGAAGGAUCGAGAUUCGGAAAAGGAAAUAGAUCGAUUGAAAACAUUGCUAGACGAUGCUCGUAAGCACCUGGAGGAAGAAACUCUUCAGCGAAUCGAUCUCGAAAACAAUAUCCAGAGUCUCAAAGAAGACAUCAGUUUCAAGGAUCAAGUUUAUCAGCAAGAACUUACAGAGACUCGUACGAGACGACAAGUUGAAAUAUCGGAGAUUGACGGUCGUCUUGCGGAGCAAUAUGAAGCUAAACUACAGCAAUCCUUGCAAGAAUUACGCGAACAGCAUGAGGCGCAAAUGCGUGCUAAUCGAGAAGAGAUUGAGCUUUUAUAUGAAAAUAAAAUCAAGAAUUUGGCAUCUCAUGCUCAACGUAAUAGCGGAGUCGCUAACAUGGCAACCGAGGAAUUGAGACAGACUCGCUCUCGAAACGAAGGACUCAAUUCAAGAAUCAGCGAACUCGAAGCAGCUAACAAUGCCCUUAGUGCACGCAUUAGGGACAUGGAGAAUUCAAGAGAAAACGAACGUUCUCGUUAUGCAGACAGUUUAGCUGCACUGGAAGCAGAAUUGUCACGUAUGCGAGAUGAAAUGGCUCAACAAUUACAAGAAUAUCAUGAUCUUAUGGAUAUUAAAGUAGCGCUUGAUUUGGAAAUUGCUGCGUAUCGCAAGCUGCUCGAAACUGAAGAGGCAAGAUUAAACAUUACACCUAUGCAGUCGACGAAUACGUCUUUGUCUAGAGCAACUCCGUCCAGACAUACUCCUCUCAGAGGCAAACGAAAACGCACUUUGUUGGAAGAGAGCGAAGAACGCAGCAGUAGUGAAUAUAGUGUUACAGGUACUGCUAGAGGUGACAUAGAAAUUACUGAAGCGGAUCCCCAAGGACGAUUCGUAAAACUUACUAAUAAGGGAAAUAAGGAAAUAAGCUUAGGCGGGUGGCAAAUUAUUCGCAAAGCCGGUACUUUGGAAACCACUUUCAAGUUUCAUCGUAGCGUAAAGCUCGAUGGAGGUGCUAACGUGAUGGUAUGGUCGGCUGAUAUUGGUGCAACGCACGAGCCACCUUCUAACAUCGUUAUGAAGGGUCAGAAGUGGUUUGUAGCAGAUAACAUGACUACUACAUUGAUAAAUAUUGAAGGAGAGGAAAUGGCAACUUCUGAGCGCAAGAGGCAACAAUUGUCCUCAGCUUUGUCUCGACACAGAGAAAGCUUAGGAUUCCGACCAUCAGAAGAACUCCAUCACCAACAGAGCGAUCCCCAAGGUGAAGAACGUUGCCACAUUAUGUGAACAUAAAUUUAUCAUAAAUUUAAGAAUAUCAAAAGAUUUUAAAAGCUUGUAUGAUAAUGCGGCUUUAUUCCAUAAGCACCGUUUAGAAAUGGUGAAAAUAAAAAAGAUUAUGCCAUUAACACAAAGAAAUUAAUUUAGAGUACAAUAUCAGAGAUAUAUGAGAUAUAAUACAAGAGAUCAUUUGUUUAAUAUUCACUUCGAAGAGAAGAAUAAAAGUAGCAGUAAUCUUCAUACUUUCUAUUUUUAUUCUUUUUCUCUCCGAGUUGAAUAUUGCAGUUGAACAUUUAUAUAACUUUCCUUACAUUUAUGUAAUAGAAUUUUAUAUAUAUAUAUAUAUAUAUUAUAUAUGUAUACAUAUAUGAGAAGAUAUUGUAUAAUAUAUUUGGACCGACAAGAGUUCAAAUCAAACUUAACAAAUGGGUUUCGUGAUGUGAAUGAAAUACGUUUUUUUUUUGCAUUUAUCAAUCUCUAUUCAUUAUAAUGAAAUAAGAAAAAGAGGAACUAUGCUAUUAUAUUCUGUUAAACCCACAGCCAUAGAAUAAUUAACGAGUAAAGAUAAGACGGAUAUUAUUGUACGUUUGUAUUCAACAAACUUCUUCCUCUCCAUGUUGUAUGCUACAUUACAAGUUCACGGUUACCAUCAUUAUUAAUCUGUUUGUGCUCCCAUCAAAUUGUGAAUUGAAGUAGUGAUGCUUCGAGUGUUUUAAUUAUUAAUUUCUUAAUUUGUGAUAACUGUUUACGUUUAUGCUUGUUCAUUUCGUCCAAUAGAGAAACAUUAAAAAAAGCGAUUGUGUUACCAGUAUUUGUUCUUUUAAGCACAAUAAUAAUGUGAGACUGUGGGAAAGCUAAAUAUGAUAGAUGUAUGACUGUCAAUUAGAUGGACAGUUUCACCUCUUAGUAAACGCCGAAAAAAACGCUCGAUUAAACAUUCGAUUGAAUAUUAUUUCUACUUUCCGACUGAAUGAUAUUUAAUCGAACGCUGUAUAUUUAUAUAUGUCAAUGAAGGAGCGUAUUUUUCAGCCGUGACAAGCCGCGAAAUUGUGCAUCAAAUUGCACAAAUAUUGCCAAUGUUCAGUUGAUCUUUCUACAGAAUAAUUUCGUGGAAAGUAGAGGAAACGUAUUUGUUCCUACAAUCGCGCCCACCUGUGCAUUCAACAUGAUUUUUCUUAAUUGUAUUCAGCUUUAUAUCAUUUAUACUAAUAAUAAAAUCACAAAUUAACGUACAAAUGUACUCGUGAUUCUUAUUUUUCACGAUGUGACAGCAGCUGUUUUUAAGCGAAUGUUAAGUUAGAAUAAGUUUUUUGAUAGCAUUAAAAGAAUCGAAAAAUUUAAUCGGGCAAACUGUUCGUAUUUAAUCUACAUAAAUCUACAUAAUAAUCUACAUAAAUCGGUUAAGUACUUGUAGCCGAUUUAUAGGGAAAAAUUUCCUUCUCUUUAUAUAAGAACAUUAUUUUAUCAUAUUGAACAGAUGCACUUUCACGUGAAUUAUUAAGAGUCGAUAGAUAUUUUCAAUGUUAAUUCAAUUUUGUAAUAAAAUUCAUCAAUUUAAAAAUGUAUUCUGCCAAUAAAAUUGUCUUGUUUCGUCAGUUUUUGUAUGAUGUAUAGUUUCCUCCAUUUUAAGAAUUUCUAAAUAAACUAUUUCCCCUUUUGAAA